UCGGGAUCCCGGCGGAAACUGCUGGGUCCGGCUUCCGAGGCGCCGCUCGCGGGGCUUUUCCAGCCGCCGCCUCCCCUUACGGUCUCUCCCGCCCGCGUGGGGCGGUUCCUGCGGCCGCCGCGGGGGACCGGGCCCGGGACCAUGAGCGUGGGCUUCAUCGGCGCGGGCCAGCUGGCCUGUGCCCUGGCGCGGGGCUUCACGGCCGCGGGCAUCCUGUCGGCUCACAAGAUCAUAGCCAGCUCCCCGGACAUGGACCUGCCCACGGUGUCCGCGCUCAGGAAGCUGGGGGUGAACCUGACCCGCAGCAACAAGGAGACGGUGAGGCACAGCGACGUCCUGUUCCUGGCCGUGAAGCCGCACAUCAUCCCCUUCAUCCUGGAUGAGAUCGGGGCCGACGUCCAGGCCCGGCACAUCGUGGUCUCCUGUGCCGCCGGCGUCACCAUCAGCUCGGUGGAGAAGAAGCUGACGGCCUUCCAGCCGGCCCCCAAGGUGAUCCGCUGCAUGACCAACACGCCCGUGGUGGUGCGGGAGGGUGCCACGGUGUACGCCACGGGCACCCACGCCCUGGUGGAGGAUGGGCAGCUGCUGGAGCAGCUCAUGAGCAGCGUGGGCUUCUGCACGGAGGUGGAGGAGGACCUGAUCGACGCCGUCACGGGGCUCAGCGGCAGCGGGCCUGCCUACGCGUUCAUGGCCCUGGACGCGCUCGCUGACGGCGGGGUGAAGAUGGGCCUCCCGCGGCGCCUGGCCAUCCGGCUGGGGGCCCAGGCCUUGUUGGGGGCUGCCAAGAUGCUGUUGGACUCGGACCAGCACCCAGGCCAGCUCAAGGACAAUGUCUGCUCCCCCGGGGGGGCCACCAUCCAUGCCCUGCACUUCCUGGAGAGUGGGGGCUUCCGCUCCCUGCUCAUCAAUGCAGUCGAGGCCUCCUGCAUCCGCACACGAGAGCUGCAGUCCAUGGCCGACCAGGAAAAGGUCUCCCCAGCCGCCCUCAAGAAGACCCUCCUGGACAGAGUGAAGCUGGAAUCCCCGACCGUGUCCACGCUGACCCCCUACAGCUCCACGAAGGUCCUCACGCGAAGCCCGGCCCCGGGCGGCAAGAAGGACUAAGGUAGCCCGCCCCUCUGACAGCCCUCGCCGCGGGGCCGGGCCGGGCCGGGCAGGCUCAGGCCGUCCUCAGACCCUUGUGUAAAACCUCUUCAGUCUGUUCAGACCAAGCAGCCCCCGUUGGAAGAUGCUUGGCAGGGGCGGUAGAUGCUAGGAGCCAGGUGAACCCCGCACAUUCCCGCUGUCAGCCCCAGCUCAGGUGGGAAGGCCUGGGAGGACCUCCCAGUGCGGUCCUCCAACGGGAGCCCAGAGCGGCGUCAGUGCGAUGCCACGUCAGGGAGGAGAAGGGUACAGCCCAUGACAAGGGCGCUCCUCUUCGCAUGAGCGUGAGCAGCGUGGAACUGUCCCCAGCAGGAGCGCAUGUGAGACUGUGCUGGAUGGAGGAAGUCUGAUUUGGUCCCGCUUAAGUUUAGCCGCUUUAAUAAAGUUUUAUUUUUUAUUA